AUGGGUGCCAAAAGAAGGUAAGUAAGUAUUGAUUCUCGGAAGCGGAGGAGGGGAUGCGAAACGGCAGAGGGAUGACGAGGAAAGAAUUGAGUCUGAGAAGGUAUAGCGUAUGUGUUUUGUACUUACACCAGACGCCUCGAGAAAGGUACUUGCUUCGCACAAUUUCAGCUAUUCUUCUUCAGUGCUUUCUGCAAUUCAAUGGUUAGGAGAGGGAAAAUGUUGAUGAUUCGGGCGGGGUACUCAGAGAGUGCAAGCUUAAGCGAGAGUGGAAAGUUGAAGAGUACAGGCAAGGUGCCCACAGCAGAGAGGCUUCAUUGUGCCUGCUGCCUACUUACAAGAAUAGACUUGAAACUGCGUAUGGAGUCUGGAGACGCCAUUGCAUUGGCUAUUGUUCUUGGAUUUGUGCUGAACCAACGCCAGGAGCCUGAGGCAGGGGCAGAGCAUGCAGGACUUGCAAGUAUGGCGUAG